AUGACCGAACUUCGAGACCAAAUACAUAAAGAUAGGCGCAAACUUCAAAGUGAAUAUCGAGAUGUCAGUCAUGGAUUAAAGAGUGCAACAGCUGAAGUUCGUCAACGAACAAAGGAAGCGGAGCAUCAAUUUAAGCUUGACAAAGUUAGCGAUACUUUUAAAAAGGCGGAAGAAGAGAAGAAGCGUCAAAGAGAAUUAAGACAUUUAGAUGAAAAUAAAAAUAAAGUUAAAGAAAAAGAUGGGAAAGAAAAGGAAAAGAAGAAAGAAACAAUUCCAAAUCAAGAAACAAAACUUAAAUUAGCACAACAACAAAGACCUGAACCUAAAAAAACUAUUAGAAGAGCAGCUAAACAACAAAUACAAAAUGAUGUUUCGACAGCAGAAUCAUCAUCAAAACCUUCAGAAUCUAUUAAAGCAGCAGAAAAAAGAGAGAAUUUGAGACGUUUAUCUCCACAAAAGAGAGCAAGUGGUGAAAAAAUUGAAGGAAAACGCAAAACAGAAGAAUUAAUGAAUUUUACCACUACUAAAGAGGAUUUGACAAAAUCAGAAGUAAAAGGAGGGAAUGUAGUUGUAGAAAUUGUUGGAAAGAAAAAGACAAGAUCAGAGAAUCGCCGAAGGAUUUCACGCCGUGGUCGUUUACGUAAAAUCUUCACUAGAAUACCAUGUGACAUCGACGAAUUGAUGGGCUGGAAGGGACACGAUUCUUUUGAGAAGAUGGACGCAUUUUUCACUUCACGGGAAUCAGCUAAACGUCAAAUAAAUUCUUCCAAUGGAAAAGAACCCGCCCCAAAACGAAGAGGUACAGAACCACAAAAAGUUUGGAUUAGCGAACUACAUGACAUUGACAAAAUUUACAAAAUGAGUGAAUUAAGAGAUAUUAAACUUUCGGCAGGUGCAUGA